CAGCUUCCGCCAUCACCAGGACGAAGCUGCAUCCGUUGACCAACCACUUCCGUACACAGUAGUACCUGCCCUUGAUUUACGCCCGUCACGGAGGUUCACAGACUUUGACUCUUUCUCUCUCUCCAAACCUGACCAGGCACCUGAACUUGAACCUUAACCUCCUCUCUCUACCUCCCAAUCAUCACAACAAUAUAUAUAAGUGCUGCAGACGCCCGGUGCCUCGACAGCUACAGCUUGAUCAUCCGCUCUCAUAGCUCUAUGACUCUUCCUUUUCCUCACAACACUUGAGCUUCUUCUUAUACAAAAUUUCAACCCCUUCUUCGGUCACCAUGGGCGGCGAAAACCUCUGCGGGAAUGGUCCUAGAAGUGACUAUCCCAUCCGGGCUCCCAAACCAGUCGGCCAGUACAUCAGCCAAAUCUACAAGUCUCGCAUCGGCCAAUUCUACGCCAGGGGCCAAUAUGCCAACGAAAACCUCCUUUCCAUGAUGAACGAUGCCGUCGUCUACGGCGAGCCUCAUGUCCAACUCUGGGUUUGGCACGCUCCUGGACAGACCAGGCCAACCUUCAAAGAGGCCGUCUCUCAUGACUUUGAAAAGACCAAGGUCGGCGCCAGCUUUGGUCCAUCAUGGACCACUCAUUGGUUCAGGGUCAAGAUCACAGUCCCGGACAAUGUUCGCGAUCAGGAGCUGGUCGAGUUUCACUGGGACGCCAACAACGAGGGUUUGAUCUGGUCCGAGGACGGCGAGCCUCUCCAGGGCCUCACUGGCGGCGGCGAGCGAGUGGAGUGGGUUCUUCCCAAGCCCUUCCUUGAUGGAAAGGAACACACCUUCUACGUCGAGAUGGCUUGCAACGGCAUGUUUGGCAUUGGCCAGGGUGACCUCAUCGCUGCCCCCGACCCGAACAGGUACUACACCGUCGAGAGAGCCAACAUUGUGGCGGUCAACCUGGACGCUCGCGGCCUGCAUAUCGAUACUUGGAUCAUUGGCGACGCCGCCAAAGAGUUCCCCUCGGAUUCCCCUGAGCAGCAUCAUGCUCUGGAUGUUUACAACAGGAUUAUCGAGGCCUUCGAGCCCGGCAACAAAGACUCGCUCAAGACGUGCCGGAAGAUUGCUCAGGAGUACCUCGGCCCCGAUGUCGACUCACACAAGGUGUACGAGAGUGACAAGAAGCCUCUUGUCUUUGGUAUUGGCCACUGCCACAUCGACAGUUGCUGGCUCUGGCCAUUUGAUGAGACCAAGCGCAAGGUUGCCCGAUCAUGGUCCAACCAGUGCAAUUUGAUGGAGAGGUAUCCCGAGCUUAACUUUGCCUGCUCCCAAGCCCAGCAGUACAAGUGGCUCAAGGAACUGUACCCCUAUGUCUUUGAGCGUGUCAAGCAGAAGGUCAAGGAUGGCCAGUUCCACCCCAUCGGCGGCAGCUGGGUUGAGCACGACACCAACCUGCCCAGCGGCGAGUCUCUUGUCCGUCAGUUCGUGUACGGCCAGCGCUUUUUCGAGGAAAACUUUGGGAAGCGCUGUCAGACCUUCUGGCUGCCCGACACCUUUGGAUACUCCAGCCAGCUCCCUCAACUGUGUCGGCUGGCCGGCAUGACGCGCUUCCUCACCCAGAAGCUCAGCUGGAACAACAUCAACAAGUUCCCGCACACCACUUUCAACUGGGUUGCUCUGGAUGGCUCACAGGUGAUAUGCCACAUGCCGCCGGCUGAAACAUACACGGCGGAGGCCCACUUCGGCGAUGUCAAGCGUAGCAUGUCGCAGCACAAGUCUCUUGACCAGGACCCGACCUCGCUUCUUGUUUUUGGAAAGGGAGACGGUGGCGGCGGUCCUACCUGGCAGCAUCUCGAGAAGCUCCGCCGCGCUCGUGGUAUCAGCGACACGGUAGGCCUUCUCCCUCGGGUGCACAUGGGCAGCUCGGUCGAUGACUUCUUCGAUCACCUCGAAGCCAAGGGUGACAAGCUCGUGACGUGGUAUGGCGAGCUGUACUUUGAAUUGCACCGCGGAACAUACACCACUCAGUCCAACAACAAGCGCAACAACCGCAGAGCCGAAGAUGCGCUCCGUGCUGUCGAGCUGCUGGCUACCAUUGCCUCUAUCGAGGGACACUGCGCCUAUCCCAAGAAGGAGAUUGAUGAGAUGUGGGAGUCGGUUCUUCUUUGUCAGUUCCACGACUGCUUGCCCGGAAGCUCGAUUGAGAUGUGCUAUCAUGAUUCUGAUGAGAUUUACAAGAAGGUUUUCAAGACCGCCGAGAAGAUUCUCGGCGAGGCUACAGGCCUCCGUGAAGCCACCGCCGAUGCUGUCACGUCAAACACUGGUGUGGCAUUCACCUCGCUUCCGUGGUCGCGUCACGAGAUAGUCGAGCUUGCCGAUGGCGAGCUUGCCGUCGCUUCCGGCCCAGGCCCCUUUAUGAAACUUCGGCCUUUCUCCCUUGAGAGCGAGGAAACGCUGGUGACGCUCGAACAGCCAUCCCCGGAUGUGUUUGUGCUCCAGAACACCCAGUUGAAGGUCAAGCUCGAGAGCGGCCUCAUCACAUCGCUCUACGACCUGAAGGCCAACCGAGAGAUCAUUCCCAAGGGACAGAAGGCCAACCGAUACGUCAUUUUUGACGACAAGCCUCUGUACUGGCAGGCUUGGGAUGUCGAGGUGUUCCAUCUCGACAGCCGCAAGGAGCUCUCGACUUCUGAAACUAAAAUUCAUGAGCAGAAGAAGCACCGCGUCAGCGUCAUUACCAAGACCAAGAUCAGCGACAAGAGCUACAUCGAGACGGUGAUUAGUCUUUCGGCGUGCUCUCCCAGCCAACAGUCGUUCGUCGAGGUCAGCAGCAAGGUGGAGUGGCACGAGACGAUGAAGUUUCUCAAGGUUGAGUUUCCCGUGGAUAUCCGCAACACGGAAGCGAGCUAUGAAACCCAGUUUGGUAUCGUGCGGAGGCCUACUCACUACAAUACGAGCUGGGACAUGGCCAAGUUUGAGGUUUGCUCGCAUCGGUUUGCGGAUUUGUCGGAGCAUGGCUAUGGUGUUUCUGUUUUGAACGACUGCAAGUAUGGGUUUGCCACGAGCGGGAAUCUGAUGAGGCUGUCGCUGCUGAGGAGCUCCAAGGCUCCUGAUGCGCAUGCUGAUAUGGGAACUCAUCACAUCCGGUGGGGAAUUUUGCCGCAUCAGGGGGGGCUGAGCCAUGUUACUGUGAGGAAGGGGUACGAGUUUAACAACCCGCUCAAGAUUUUUGAGGUGGAGAACCUGGGGGAUGUCAAGAGUUGGUUGCGGACGAGGAGGGUGUGGUUGGACAGCGAGUCGGAUGAGGGGUUGGUGCUGGACACGGUCAAGAGGGGGGAGGAUGAUGAGAAGACGGGGGAGGAGAAUGUGAUUUUGAGAAUGUAUGACAGUCUUGGGGGGCUGGCGAGGGGUAGGGUGAAGAGUGUGUGGGGGAUCAAGAGGGUGACCAAGGUGAAUUUGCUGGAGGAUGAGGUUGAGGAGGUGGAGGUGGAUGGGGAUGGGUUUGGUGUUGAGCUGAAGGCUUUUGAGGUGGCGACUUACAAGUUGGAGUUGGACCAUUAAGGAGACCGUCUUGUAUGGUUGGGCGAGGUGAUUUUUUUUGGACUGUUUUGUUUCGAGAUUGUGCGAAGAGUGGUGUUACCGGGUUAUGAGAUUCGAGAUUUUGAUUUUAGGUCUCGAGAGUUUAAUUGAAUGGUUAUCACGCUUUAAGUUGCUUGAGGAGUGCCAGUGGCAGCAACGUCUCAAGGAAUCAAUCACCA